AUGAAUUUUUCCUCACGACUAAAAUUCCAUUUUGAGCCUCUAAAAGGAUGGAUGAACGAUCCCAAUGGAUUGAUACAAUUUAAAGGAGAAUAUCAUGCAUUCUUCCAGCAUUAUCCAUUUGAUACUAAAUGGGGACCAAUGCAUUGGGGCCACGCAACAAGUAAAGAUCUCAUCCAUUGGGAGCACAAGCCUAUAGCACUAUAUCCUGAUCAAGAAUAUGAAAAUAAUGGCGGAUGUUUUUCAGGAAGUGCAAUUGAAUUCAAUGAUAAGCUUCAUAUUUUUUAUACUGGAGUAGGAAAGUCUAAUGGACAAUCUCAAUGUCAUGCAGUCAUGCAAGAUGAAAAUAGGUUUAUUAAGGAUCCUAAAAAUCCAAUAAUCAAAUCUCCACCAAUUGAAUACGGCAUUAAUGAUUUUAGAGAUCCUAAGGUUGUAAAAAUCGAAAAUACUUUCUAUAUGGUUGUUGGAACAGGAAAAGAUGGAAUUGGAAGAGUUUUGUUGUAUAAAAGCUCAAAUUUAGAGAAUUGGACAUUCCUUAAUCUAUUAGUUGAAGGAAAAGAAUAUGGCCAAUGCUGUGAAUGUCCUGAUCUCAUCCAAAUUGAUAAUCAAUUUUUCCUCAUGUUCUCUCAAAUGACAGGUCAAGGUAUUGGAACUCUGUUUUUCCAUCUUAAAUAUGAAAAUGGCACAUUUACUGUUGACAAAAAGCUCAAUCAACCGAUUAUUGGUCCAGAUUUUUACGCUCCUCAGACAUUCCAUGACGAUAAAGGAAGAAGGAUUAUUAUUGGAUGGCUUUACAACUGGAAGAGAGUACCUCCCAAAGAAGUUGACUACGCAGGAGCAUUUACUAUUCCGUGCGAGCUCAAAUAUAAAGAAGGAAAGAUUGUUGUAAAUCCGAUAGACGAAAUAUCGCACGAACUUAAAUCUGAAAGUAAGUUUGUUGAGAUUCAGGAAAAUAAAUUAAUUAUAAAUGGAAAACCAAGUGUUAUUCAUGAAGGAAAGAUCGAAAACAUCAAAAUUUUAGAAGAUGUAAAAACUAUUGAAGUUUGGAUCAAUAAUGGCGAAUUUUAUUACAGCACUUGGCUAUUUUAG